CAGCAGCGGCGGCCCCGCUGCGUUACAUAAGUGCCUGAAAGUCCCCGACUCGUGACUGGCGCCGAGGCCCGGGCGGCGGCGGCCGCCGCUCGCCUUGGGGCGGCGGGACGGGACGGGGCGGAGGGCGCUUCCUUCCCCGGCGGGCCCCGCGGGGCAGCCCUCCGCCCGCCCGAGCCUUCGCCCCCGCCUUCGCCCGCCGUCUUAAACUCCUCGUCGUUCUCGGAGCGAGUCGCCUGAAAAGGUUUGAUGCUGUGGUUAAAAAAAAAAAAAAAAAAAAAAAGGCUGUGGAACCCCGAGCGGUGCGGCUGCGAGCAUGAGGAUACUUGUGAAAGAUGGUGGAUCGCUUGGCAAACAGUGAAGCAAAUACUAGAAGAAUAAGUAUAGUGGAAAACUGCUUUGGAGCAGCUGGUCAACCUCUGACUAUUCCUGGUCGUGUUCUGAUCGGAGAGGGAGUACUAACAAAACUGUGUAGGAAGAAGCCCAAAGCGAGGCAGUUCUUCCUGUUCAAUGACAUUCUCGUUUACGGUAACAUUGUCAUCCAGAAGAAGAAAUACAAUAAACAGCACAUAAUCCCGCUGGAAAACGUCACUAUUGAUUCCAUCCAGGAUGAGGGAGACUUACGGAACGGGUGGCUUAUCAAGACACCAACAAAGUCUUUUGCAGUUUAUGCUGCCACUGCUACAGAGAAGUCUGAGUGGAUGAACCACAUAAAUAAGUGUGUUUCUGAUCUGCUUUCCAAAAGUGGGAAGACUCCUAGCAAUGAACAUGCAGCUGUCUGGGUACCAGACUCGGAAGCCACUGUGUGCAUGCGUUGUCAGAAAGCAAAAUUUACACCCGUCAACCGUCGUCACCACUGUCGCAAGUGUGGCUUUGUUGUGUGCGGGCCUUGCUCUGAAAAGAGGUUUCUUCUCCCGAGCCAGUCUUCCAAGCCUGUGCGAAUUUGCGACUUCUGCUAUGAUCUUCUUUCUACUGGGGAGAUGUCUGCUUGUCAGUCCACUAGGUCAGACUCCUACAGCCAGUCACCUAAAUCAUCUUUAAAUGAUGUAUCUGAUGAUGAUGAUGAUGAAGACAGUAGUGAUUAAGGACCAAAUGUUUUUUCCAUGUGUUGCAAUUUGUGUUUCAAACCAUAUGGAGCUGCUUAUGGGGAAGUCUGUAGUGAGGUUCCUCAGAAAAAUCCUGUUCUAGCCAUAAAAUAUGCCUGAAUAUCUUCAAUUGCGAUGUGCCUCAAUCUAUGAAUUCUCUAGACAAUAGUUUUUCCACUCCUCUGCAGGGAUAUAGACUGUUGCAAAUGUUAUCAGAAUAUUUUCCAACUUCUUGUACUUGAGUUGUGUCUAGGUUAGACUUUUUGUGGAAGGUUGGAGAAUAAAAUGUACCUUCUUAAUUUAACAACUCAUACUUCCUAAUGCUUCAUAAUGAUAUGUUGUUAUGUGGGUUUUUUUCAGAUAUGGGGAAGAAAACUCUAAGCAUGCAUGGAACAGUGAUGUUUUGGUUAAUCCCUUAGACCAUCUUGUUUUUCUAACCAUGGUAUAUAGUAAGUUGAAAUGUGACAUAACUUACAAACUUAAAUGUCACAAAACUUGGAAAUUGUCUUGUUUUGCUCUUAUUUAUGACUUCCUAUGCCAAGCAGUGCCUUGUACCAAUUGUGCUGAUUCAGGAAGAAACAAACCUAUUCUGUGUCAUCUGUAUUUGCCUGAUGCUGGUAUCUGAGAGAUUGUUGGUGCUAUUGAAAAUAACUGCUGUGUUCAAAGUGGAGCUUUGACAAGGUCAUAACCGCAUCCUGUGGUGGGUGAUGGAGACCUGAAUCACACGUCCUCACCUGUGCAGGCAGACCUGAAGACUCUGCAGAUUCCCACAGGCUUCAGCGGGGUUCUCCUUGCAGGACUUGCAUUGCGGGUCAGGAUCUUGAGAUGAGAAGCUUAGGGUGACUCUUCCUGGGGAUUUAUACGUAUUCUUUUCAGAACAGUUUCUAAGUUUCAAAUUUGGCAAAUCCAUACUGAAAUUUUAGUUGGGUGUAUAGCAUUUGGAUGUGAUAGCAUAUAUAUAUUUGGAAAUAAUUCCCCAAAAUUACACUAAAUUCUUUCCUAAAACGUUGGUGAGAGGGUUGGUGUUUGUUGUUUGUAUUGGUUUUUUUUUUUUCCCCAGGAGUUUUAUUGGCUUGUUUAAAAAUAACCUUAUGUUUUGAACAAAAAGCCUGCAAGUAUCCUUAUAAAAUUGGGUUUCCUUUUUACACAGCUGACCUCAGGAUAAAUGUGAGAUGCAAGUUAUUUCAUUCUAAAUGUAUACCCAGGACCAAGAAAGAUAUAUUUAAGAACUAUAAUGAAAUCAUCAGUGCAGAAAAUGUCUCUACCAUAGUAUUCAUUUUUAAUAAGCUCUUAAAUACAGAAAUGUCAUGUUCCCAUAUAAAUGUAAAAUUUAGACUUGCAAAGACAUGUUAAACCCCCAAAUACUAUGUUUCUAUAUUUUUAUAAUGAUAGCAUCAAUUUUGAAGCAGAAAAAUCUCUUUGAAAUAGUUGUGUCAAUAUAGUAGCAACUGACUUGAAACAAAAAAAUGCUGAACUUUUGUAUCUCUAAGUGACAAUUUCUGCACUGUUUGCCUUGGUUGGCCGUAAUUGGGUUAAAUAUUUAUUGAAUAAACAAUCAAUGCUGCAUAUUGCACUAGUCUCCCAUUCUGUAUGCUGUAAAUGUCAGUUGUAACUUUUUUAUAAAAAUUAGCAGAGCACUUCAAAGCUGUAGCCCUCCGUGAGAUUUCUGGUAGCUAAAGAUGCACUCUCCAUUAAUAGUCUGCAAUACAUUGCUUCAGGUGAAAAUUGCGUUAAUAUUUUUAGCUUGGGCAAUUUCUAAAAAUAAGGGUUUUUCUAAAAGCACUGAAGAGUAUUUGAUCUACUUUGAAAUAAACAUAAAAAGGGGAAAAUGCUUUCUGAUGGAGACUAGGGACCAAGAGGAUUCUGUAAAAUUGCCAGAUAAGCAAUAAACGAUUGUAUAUACUCAAAGACUAGCUGAAAUAAGUAGUUACAUGUACUUAUUCCUUGAAAGAUGAGGGAAUGGUGACCUGCAGCAGGGGAAAACAGGCUAUUCUGAGAAGGCACUUUCAGUGCUUACUUUUUGUACCUCUCUUACUCUAUAUUUCAGGAAUGGAGACUUGUCAGAUUCAGUUUUUCUACAGAAUCAAAGUACAAACCUCCCUUGUACAUACCUUCUAAUGACUAACGAUCAUUUUCUUCCUGAUGCAAUUUUCUUCUUUCUUAAGCUGUCAAAUAUUAACUUGUCUCGUUAAAGAGUCCGUCCCCUUGUGUACUUUUCCCUGGGUUUCUAUAUGUUGUGCUUACUUUUCAGCACUUUUUAGGGGGUGGAAAGAGGGUUGCCAGGAGUUAGAUCAUAUCCUAUAUUUUGCAGAAUGUUCUUGUACCUACUUCAAAUGUCUUUUUAUCUGUGAAUGAAACUUGCACUGUGCUGCACUGAUCCCUGAAGCUGUAACCAAACCAAUGUGUGUGCGGGGGAUUUUUCAUCUGAAAUUGAUGUAUAUGGUCCAAGCUUUUUGAGAAAGCAUUAAAAAAAAAAAGUUUCAUGGUAAUACUCCUAUCCCUCAGUGGUAUUUGUUUAAAACUUUACAAAAUGGACUUAACAUCGACUUCUCUUGUACUUAAAUUUGUGAAAGGGCUCGUUUCGUACUUUGUAAUCUUGUUCUGUCAAAUUAUUUUAUUUACAAAUAUACGGUGUAGCUUCAA